GUAACUUAUUGAACCAGCAGAUGGCGAAAUACAAAAAACCGGUUCGCUUAGCCGCAGUUGAUAACUGAACAAAUAAUAGAAGAAGAAGAAGAAGAAGAAGAAUAUUGGCAGAAUGCAGAGGAAGAAUGAAACAAGCAUGGCAGGAAGCAUAAGUAACACUGCGGCUCCGAUAACUAGUUCUCUAUCUAAACUACAGUCUUUAAAUGGAUUGUUUGCGAUAUAUAAGAAACAAGGACCGACAUCUGCAGACGUGUUGAAUACACUCAAAGAAGUUUUACUCAGGGAAGCCGGUGUACAAAACCCGAACCCACGGAAGAGGAGGAAGCAGAGCCUGAAGAUGGGCCACGGAGGGACGCUGGACAGUGCUGCCAGCGGGGUGUUGGUUGUUGGUGUUGGGAAUGGCACAAAGAUGCUCAGUACAAUGUUGGCUGGUUCUAAGAAAUAUGUUGCUGUAGGGGAACUGGGGAAAGCAACAGAUAACCUUGAUGCCACUGGCACUGUGAUUCUGGAGAAAGACUUUGAACACAUAACCAGGUUGGACAUUGAGGAGAAACUGAAAGUUUUCACUGGUGACAUAAUGCAAGUUCCUCCACUCUACUCUGCGCUGAAAAAGGACGGCCAGCGCCUGUCUGUCCUGCUGAAGAAAGGUCACAAGGUUGAGGCCAAACCAGCCAGACCAGUCACUGUGUACAAACUGACCCUGCAAGAGUUCAAGCCUCCUCUCUUCACUCUUGAUAUCGAGUGCGGUGGUGGAUUUUAUGUCAGAAGCUUGGUGGAUGACCUGGGAAAAGCGCUGUCUUCGUGUGCCCAUGUGAAGGAACUGAUCCGGACCAAGCAGGGUCAGUUCACCCUGGAGGAGCACGCCUUACCUGAGGAGCAGUGGACACUGGAACACAUCCUGCGCUCUCUGCAGCCCUGCUCCGACUCGGAGCUUCCGGACGCCGACACCUGAGGAACACCCGACACCUGAACGGGACCUAGGGUGAAAAGCUGGGCUUUCUGUCUGUCAUGGUUAGUCAUGACUCACCUGCUUGGCUUUUCCAACGAAGAGAACAUCCGGUCUAGGCGUGCCAAUGUCUCCCGGAUGUUUUUAGGGCGUGUUGUUGAAUGAAGUGUGAAGAAUUGAGACGCAUGUCCAAACCCACUGUUGUUUGAGGAACCAAAUGGACCAGUGUAAUUAUACACUGUACUCGUGAUUUCUAGGCCACAUUCUGUUGGUUUCUGUUUUGUCUCUGUCUCACCGGCUAUUUACGAUUUAGUUAAUUUUGUAAAUAAUUUUGUAUUUAGUAACAGCCCCACUCCAUCCAGCCUUGGUCUUCACCUGUUCAUAUCCUCCCCUUGUAUGACAGAGCUAGAUGAUACACACAUACAGUAUACAUACAUUUACACUAUCUGACAAUAGGACCAUAGAUGUAUACUAGGGCAGGGAAUA